AUGGAAGAUAUUCAAUCUUCAUUUGAUGAUGUGGUAUCAAUCGAUCAUUCCGAACGUUCUAUUGUCAACACCCCUAUCAUUUCCAGACCGGAUGUAUCUCCUACUGUCCCUGUAGUUGCCAAUGAUUUGGAUCUGAAAACAAGUAUCGACCUUGACAAAGCGGAAGUCCACUCUUUAAGCCUAUAUGUUGCAGCAGACCCGGAAAGUGAUUUGUCUGUCAAUAACAAACACAUUCGUUUAAACAAGAGAAUUGGUGACAUUGUGUUAUUAAAGAAGGCGGCGAAGGCUUUACAAGUAGAACUACAAGAACUGACCAAAGCUGAUGAACCUACUAUGAAGAUAGAAGGUCUUAAAAAAUCUCAUGUUGUACCAAGAAAUCUACCCGCUUUUUGUUGGAAAGGACAUAACAAUAUCCCUGGUGUUCAUGUUCUUGAAGAUAUUAAUACAUGUAUUAGAAAUUUUAUGGAUGUCAUGAAUUGUCAUGGACUAGACUUGAACUCUAAUUAUCUGCGUGUUAUCCCUGCUUGCUUAUCUGGUACUACUAGAACUUGGUUUGAAGAAUAUCUUUCUGACUUUCGGUGCAAAGGACUUGGUGAUCCUACUUGGAAUAAUUUUGCGGUUGCAUUCAAGAACGCUACGGUUUAA